AUGCCGCGCCCGACCGAUCCCCCGCCCUCCUCAGCGCCCCUCGUUGCGCAGUUUGCAGGCGAGAACUUGGUCGUCGGCGGCGGCGUAGCCGUUUUUCACAUCGCUUCCGCCCGCGUCGUCGUCUGCAGCGCCUACGGCCGACGAGGGGGGAAGUACUUUUUCCUGCCCAAGGGACGGCGAGAUGCGGGGGAGGGACGGGCUGGGGCGGAGCGGGAGGGGUAUGAAGAGUCAGGUUACCGUAACCGCGUCCUCCCCCUUCCCACCCCACACCGCCAACCCCUCGCCCACCCGCGCGUCGCCAACCCCCCGCUGACCGCCGAGCCCGUGUGGAUGCAGCUGAUGCCGCUCGGGCACGGGGCGACGCAGUACGUGCUGUACUGGUACGUUGCCGAAACCCUGCCCCCGGCGCUGGAAACCUUGCUGGAGACCGAAGCAGGCGCGGCGUACAGGCCGCCGCCGGCGUAUCCGCGCGGUCUGUCGCUGAGGGAGAGGGUGGGGAUGGAGCCGGAGGGGUAUGAACCGUUGCAUCACAAGGGCACGGGGGUGGAUGAGGAGGAGCUGGCGUACGAGAGCCGGCUUGUGAGUGUGGAGGAGGCGGUGACGUUGCUGGGUCCGGGCGGGGUGAUGGCCGAUGUGGUGCAGACAGGGUGGAAGGGGAUCCAGGAUCGGUUUGCGAUGGAGGAGGUGCAUAGUGCUACGACGGAGAGUCCCGAGUUUAUGCAGUGA